UCGAAAUCAAUGUUUCAGCGCCACCAUCUUUCCUUCUGACUUUCACUUCACCCUUCUUGGGUAAACAUUUUCAUCCAAUCUUUUAUUACUCUGUUAUUCUCAACUUUUCAAAUUGCUAUUCAUCCACUUAUUCCAGAUAGCUUUCAAACUUGCAUAUCCUGAAAAAAAAAUAAAAAAAUACCCGAACCUGCUUUCAUUCCCACUAACCUUUCAGGAUUCCAUCCAAUCCUUUCUGGGUGUUUUUUCAAAACCCAUGUGCUCCUAUUAAUGUUUUUGAUUUUGAGCCAUUUUUACUUUGAUCUUGGUCUUGAAUUCCCGUUAAGCAAUUGAACUCUGACAAAAUUGGGCCUUGGUUUCUGAAUGUUAGGGGAAAAAGUAAGUUAGUUGGCGGUUGUUUUCUUGUCUAUCAAAAAACAUUUGGCCGUUGUUUGUGAGCAUGGGGCAUAGUUCGAAGAAGAAGAAGCGAGGAGGAGGGAGUGGGAGGAGGAGCAAGGGUAGGACCCCAUUGAAAGAUAAUACAUCUCAUCUUGGUGGCGAUGAUAAUGAGCUUCUCUCCGAGGAGAUUACUGCCUUGUGUGCAAUAUUUCAAGAAGACUGCAAAAUAAUUCCUGGAUCACCUCCUCAAAUAAUUAUUAAGCUCAGGCCUUACUCAAAGGAUAUGGGUUAUGAGGAUCUAAAUGUUUCUGCUCUUCUUUUAGUUAGGUGCUUACCUGGGUAUCCUUACAAGUGUCCAAAGUUGCAGAUAACUCCAGAGAAUGGUUUGUCAAAGAGCGACGCUGAUAAGCUUCUAGCUCUCCUCUCUGAUCAGGCAAAUUCUAAUGCUCGAGAAGGACGGGUGAUGAUUUUCAAUUUAGUGGAGGCUGCUCAAGAAUUCCUAUCUGAAACUGUUCCAGUUGGUCAAUCACAUGAAUCUGUUGCAUGCUCAACCAUGGAUGGCGGUGGAGAAUUUCUGAAGGAAAUCACAGCUUCAAGUAACAAGAGGGGACCUUUUGUUUAUGGUCUUAUGGACCUCUUCAGUGGCUCUGGAGAGUCAUGGAAUUGGGGAUUUGAAAUGGAUGAAAAAAGUGGGGUGAAUUCUUCAGUGCAACCCCAUACAUUAGAGGGCUCAAAACUUGGAUAUGACUAUCAGCAAAAGGGACUUGAUAAGAAUCUAAAGCCAUCGAAAAUACAGGAUACAAAGCAAGGUUUAUUGCCUUUCCCUACUGCCAAGUUGGAUACCCUUGAUGAAGAGACUGAAGAUAGCAAUAAGAGCAUAUCAUCGACUGAUUCAAGUGGGUUCCCAGAGGAAUUGGCUGGUGAUGCUACUGAUGAUGAGAGAGAUUUUAUGGAAAUGGAGAAGACAACAGAAGAUGAUGGUGAUGGUGAAUUCAGCAGUGAGGCUUCAGGGUCGCUUCCUUCUGCUUCUGUGGGUAAUGGCAAAGAAUCUCAAAUGGUUGAACGUGAUCUAAUAAUGGUUCAUCUACUUCGCCUCGCUUGUGCUUCUAGAGGGCCAUUGGAUGAAGCUUUGCCACAAAUAACCACAGAGUUGUACAGUCAAGGGAUCAUUUCAGAAUGGGCCCGAGAUUUAGCUUCAAAACCAUCUUCAAUUUUUAACAAAACAUUUGAUCAUGUUUUCCAAAAACAGAUGGUUUCAUCGAGAAUAUCUCAAUUUUGGAAACCCACCACUGAUUUUGAAGAUCCAAGCACAUCCCUCCCAAGCUCUCGCUUUCUCAGUGACUUUGAGGAGCUAAAACCCCUCGGUCAUGGAGGUUUCGGUCAUGUUGUGUUGUGCAAAAAUAAAUUAGAUGGAAGACAGUAUGCAGUGAAGAAAAUUCGCCUCAAGGACAAAAUCCUGCCUGUUAAUGACCGAAUAUUGAGGGAAGUAGCCACUCUUUCCCGUUUGCAGCAUCAACAUGUUGUCCGGUACUAUCAGGCAUGGUUUGAAACAGGAGUUGUUAGUUCUUUUGGUGACACUACUGGGGGUUCAAUGACUGCAGCAAGCUCCAGUUUCAGCUACUUAGGCACAAGCUCAGUUGAUGCCCUUGGGCAUGAGAACAAGCUUGAGUCGACGUAUCUAUAUAUUCAAAUGGAAUAUUGCCCCAGGACGCUCCGUCAGGUUUUUGAAUCAUAUAGUCAUUUUGACAAAGAGUUAGCAUGGCAUUUGUUUCGUCAAAUUGUGGAAGGUUUGGCCCACAUUCAUGGACAAGGAAUCAUCCAUCGUGACUUAACCCCAAAUAACAUCUUCUUUGAUGCCCGGAAUGAUAUCAAAAUUGGAGAUUUUGGCCUUGCUAAGUUCUUGAAGUUGGAGCAGUUGGAUCAGGAUCCAGGUUAUCCUUCAGAUACUGCUGGGGUUUCACUUGAUGGAACUGGUCAAGUUGGUACCUAUUUUUACACUGCACCUGAAAUUGAGCAAGGAUGGCCCAAGAUUGAUGAAAAGGCGGAUAUGUACAGCUUAGGAGUUGUGUUCUUUGAGCUUUGGCACCCAUUUGGGACAGCAAUGGAGAGGCACAUUGUUCUCACUGAUUUGAAACAGAAAGGAGAACUUCCUCCAUCUUGGAUUGCUGAAUUUCCUGAACAGGAAUCCUUAUUGCGGCGCUUAAUGUCCCCAAGUCCAUCUGAUCGUCCCUCUGCCACAGAACUUUUACAGCAUGCUUUUCCUCCACGGAUGGAAUCUGAGUUGUUAGAUAAUAUUCUACGAACAAUGCAAACUUCAGAGGACAGAAGUAUGUACGAUAAAGUUGUCAAUGCUAUCUUUGAUGAAGAUAUGUUAAGCAUAAAAGACGUCCAUCGUCAUGCUGGUAGACUGAGGUUGGCUGGAGAUGAGACCUCUAUUCAGUACACAGAUUUAGAUACUGAGGUUCGCGAUUAUGUUGUUGAAGUCACAAGGGAAGUGUUCAGGCAGCAUUGUGCUAAGCAUCUGGAAAUAGUACCCAUGCGUUUGUUGGAUGAUUUUCCACAGUUCAAUAGGAACACUGUCAAACUUUUGACCCAUGGAGGAGAUAAGCUUGAACUUUGUCGUGAGCUGCGUCUUCCUUUUGUUAGUUGGGUGAUCUCCCACCAGAAAUCUUCAUUCAAACGAUAUGAAAUAUCAUGUGUCUAUAGAAGAGCAAUUGGGCAUUCACCACCAAAUCGCUACCUUCAGGGAGAUUUUGACGUUAUUGGAGGUGCAUCAGCACUGACGGAGGCAGAGGUUAUCAAGGUGACCAUGGACAUUAUAGCUCAGUUUUUCAGUGCAGAUUCAUGUGACAUUCAUCUAAAUCAUGGGGACCUUCUGGAUGCAAUUUGGUCUUGGAUAGGAGUGAAGGCAGAGCAUAGACAGAAAGUAGCCGAGCUUCUUUUGAUGAUGGGUUCUCUGCGUCCUCAAUCUUCUGAACGGAAAUCAAAAUGGGUUGUCAUAAGGCGUCAGCUUUUGCAGGAGCUCAAUCUAGCAGAAGCUGUCGUAAAUAGGCUGCAAACUGUUAGUUUAAGGUUCUGCGGAGCUGCUGAUCAGGCACUUCCGAGAUUGAGGGGAGCGUUGCCAGCUGAUAAACCUACACGCAAGGCACUUGAUGAAUUGUCAGACCUCUGUAGCUACUUGAGAAUUUGGAGGAUUGAGAAACAUGUUUAUAUAGAUGCAUUAAUGCCCCCAACUGAGAGUUACCAUAGAGAUUUGUUCUUUCAGGUAUAUUUAAUAAAGGAGAACAAUCCUGGAUCACUUAUUGAAGGUGCAUUGCUUGCUGCUGGUGGCCACUAUAACUAUCUGCUUCACCAACUGUGGGGUCAUGAAUAUAAAACAAGUCCUCCAGGUGCUGUUGGGACUAGCCUUGCAUUAGAGACGAUAAUUCAGCGUUCUUCAAUAGAUUUUAAACCAACUAGAAUUGAAUCUAGCACCAUUAUUCUUGUUUGUUCACGAGGAGGAGGUGGUCUGUUGGUAGAGCGCAUGGAACUUGUUGCUGAAUUGUGGGAGGAGAACAUCAAGGCUGAGUUUGUACCUGCACCUGAUCCAAGCCUUACAGAGCAGUAUGAAUAUGCAAACGAGCACGAUAUAAAAUGUCUUGUCAUCCUAACAGACACAGAUGUAUCUCAAUUGGGUUCUGUCAAGGUUCGUCAUCUUGAACUCAAAAAGGAGAAGAAGGUUGAAAGAGAAAUCCUAGUCAGAUUUCUAUUGGCCGCGAUGACAACACAAUUUAGAAAUCCCUCCAUUUGGAGUUAGGCCUGUCUCUCUCAAUGCAAUACGUUUUCAGAUCAUACUUCUUUCUAUGACAACCCCUUUCAUUUCAAGAGGGCCAGACUAUUACCGGAAGUCAUCAGUCCUAUUCCUGUUGGCCACAUGAGGAGUUCCCGUUUGUUUUUUUUUUUUCUCCUAAAGAAUGUAGAGUUUCUUCCGCUUCAUAGUUUAAACCACCCACAUAUUAUUGGAGUAAAUAUGAAAUGUUAUGAUAGUCAGUUGAAUAGGAUUAACUGGUGAGUUAAGGCAUUUUUUUUUUUUCAAGUGUACACAGUUCUUAGCUUUUCCCAAGUUGAUGUGUAUAGGAUCAAUUUUGAUAGCACUAUAAAUAAAGUUCUACCUUAUUUGGUCUGAA